CGCUACCCUCGCUAACAACCCUACUGCCGCCGCCGCGACCCACCCUGGUAGUACGUCAUCAGUGAUACCAAUCGGAAAUAGGGAUUCAGUGAGAACUUUACCGAACUUUUAUACGAUGGUGAUCCGGGAUCACGAGUUCUAUGUGGAAGAGAAAUGAGUCGCCACGAGUUUCAGCAGGUGAUCACCACAUGAUCCAAAAUGAAGGAAGAGCUGUUCAAGUUCAUGCACGGAUUGUUAGCGCUGGCUGUAUUGCUUGCGCCACAGGACUCAGAGUGUCUGAAGCUGAUCAAGGUGAAGGUGCCAGCCUACAAGCUGAAGGGAGAGACGGCGGUCCUGCAGUGUGUAUAUGAGAUGGAAGGUCUGGAGAAACUGUACACUGUGAAGUGGUACAGGGAGAACGAGGAGUUCUACAGAUACGUCCCCAAGUACAAGCCAUCCCAGAUAUCCUACAAGGUUGAAGGCAUUAGAGUAGAUCAUCAAAUGUCAGAUGACACCAAAGUUACCCUCAAGUCCGUCAGCCUCAAGACGACUGCCAACUAUCGCUGUGAGGUCUCUGCUGAGGCCCCCUCCUUCGCCUCUGUCCAGGGUUCGGGCCGUCUAGAAGUCGUUAUACUGCCCAGCAGCGGUCCACACAUAACGGGGGAACGUAGCCACUACAUGAUUGGGGAUGAGAUCGAUCUUAACUGCACCUCGGGCAAGUCUUAUCCUGCUUCUGAACUCCGAUGGCUUAUCAAUGACCAGGAGGUGACUGAACCAGAGUACCUCCAGAGGCACCCUCAGAUCGUGCACCCUCACGGCCUCAUCACGACGGCCCUCGGACUACGCCUGCCUGCCGUCCCCGGCCACUUCCACGGUGGCAGCAUGAAGGUGCGGUGUGUCGCCAACGUGUCGCCCGUCCUUUGGCAAGGAGACCGGGAGAGUGUCGUAGAAACCCCCCUUGUCGCCAACAGAGAGGCUAUGCUUCUGGUGAGGAGUGCAGCCAACAUCGAACAUCUGUGCCCAUCAGCUCUAACAUUUCUUAUUCUUCUCAUCGUUAUCACGUGAUCUCGACUCCAUACAGAUAUUCACAUUACCAUUCAUUACCGUUAUUGUUCCGUUUAAAAUUGUUAUUUUGUGGGUUAUGAUUUUGUGGAGUAAAAUAAAACAGUCAUUUUGAUCAAAAUCAAUCCAACCCAACAAGUCAUUUAUUAAUUGUAAAGUAAAUUUAAACGUCUAGUGCCUAAAGUGAGUUUUGUAAGAAAACACAAAAUUUGAAUAUAACGUCCAAAAAGUAAAAUGUACACACAUACAAAAUACUUAUAAUUGCGUUUUAUUUCUCAUUCUUUUCCUUAUAAAAAUUUAUUGUUUUAAAUACAAGGACUUGUUAUUUUCUUAAAAUAAUAAAUAAUAUAUUUUUAAUUACAAUCAAACCUACGAAAAUUCGCAAACUGUUCACUUUUUAAGAUUUACUUUCGGAUUAAUAAAACAAUUCCAUAAACAAAGUUCAUAAUAUCAGUUUGUUACUUUACAAUUUAUAAAAUAGUUAAAGGAAAUUAGCAUGUCUCUAUAUGUAUGAGCAAAGACAAUUAUCGCCAUUGUUGAAGAAUAUGUAUGGUGUUCUGGAGAUCUCCUUACACACUUUGGUUAUUAUUUUUUCGUAGAAAAUAAAAUGAAAACGAUCUAAUUUAUUUUAUUUUUGGAUAUCAAAUUUUACAAUUUAUCUUGAAAUUAUGAGACAAAUUAAUAGAGAAAAAUCUUUAAAAUGUAUUACUCAUAAGUUGUAACACCUCAAUCCUGCAUUAACUUGUCUUUUAAAAUAUAAUAACAAAUUACUAUAAUGUUGUAACUGUUUCAUUACAUGCAAAAGAUUUAUUCACAUGAAUACCGUAAAAAAAUUUUAAAUAAUUUAAAUACAUUCUUGAAGCUCUUUUCUUAUUAGAAAUUAUAUAAUAAUUUAAACAAACUCUCCAAUAAUAUAAGUUUUUAUUUUUGUGGGCCUUUCGUACUC